CGAAUUAUUUUAUUUUGUUUUUUUGUCAACAGCAACAGGUAACCAGUUAUACGCAGAAUCUUAAUCACAUGAAUCAACAAUUUCUGAUCCGUUUUCUCAUAUUACUACCAUUGAUGAUAUUUGAUGAUCAAAUAAUUGCAAUAAAAAUAUUUUCCGAUAAUGAUCAUCAUCAUCAAGAGCCAAAUUCACAUGAGCAAAUAAUACGAUUAAAAUCCAAAUCAGAAAUUUUUCUCAUGAUUAAACAAACAUCAUCAUCAUCGUCAUCAUCACUUUAUGAAUAUUAUAUUGAUAAUGAAUCAAUGUCGAAAACACAGGGAAGAAUUUAUAUUGUUUCACCGAAUAUGGAUGAAUCGAUUAUAUUCCAAUUACGUGCAAGAAAUACACCAUGUAUUCAGAAUGAAAAUUAUUAUAUUCAUUUUGUAGAUGGCUGGGAAUUACCGAAUGGUCGUAGUUUUCCACCACCACAACAGUCCAUUGUAAAUGAUGAUGAUAUUGAACCAUGGGAAAUGCCUGUUUGUCAAGGUAAUCAUACAUAUGCUGAGGAACUUUCACGUGUGUAUGUUGGUAAACAGAAUUUUGCCAUGAUUUCAUAUCGUAUACCGAUUAUGAAUACCGGAUUUACAUUUAGAAUUUGGACGAAAAAAAUUGAUAAACCAUGUAAUAUGAUGAAAUUUGAAUCUGAAGAUAUCCAUGACCGGCAACCAUUUAUUAGGGAACCAAUGUUAUUGAAAAAUUAUAAUAAGAAAAAAAUUUGUUCAUUAUUCAUCAUACAACAACGUGUACAUAAAUACACACCAUUUGUACGUAUAGUUGAAUUUAAUGUUGGUGAUCCACAAAAAUAUGGACACGGUAAAAUAGAUGAUACUAAAUCGUGCAAAAAAGAAGGACGCGAAGAUUAUGUCGAAGUUAUUGGUGAUUCAUAUGGUGGCAAUAAUAACGAUAUUGUUGCUGAUGAUUCUCAUUCAAAAGUUCGUCUAGAUUUUUGUAAUAAUCAUCAUGUUUCAUUAAAUAAAUUGAAUGGUUUCGAUAUCCCCAUUAAUCGUCGCAUUAUAACCAUACGUCUUGUAUCAAGUGGUCGAUAUUAUGAUUGGGUUAAAUUACAAUAUUUGCCACCAAAACUUGGCUAUAUUUGUGAUUUAGAAUUUAUGUUUGGUACAGAAAUUGAAAGUGAAAUGAAACCAAAAAUAUUUUCAAAUGAAAAUUUUCAUAUAAAUUAAUUGAUUUUGUUUGAUUUAAUUGAACAA